CACCCAGCAUGAUGUGCUUCGACAGAGUAGAUGAGGAGAGUAGCAGAGGACUACAAAGCAGACAGCAGGAGAAAGGAAAGGAGAGCAGGAGAGAUGAACACGGAGGAGGUACAGCUAGCUCCGCCGCUCCGUGGAUUUAAUCCUGUUUUCCGGAAGGUGGAUAAUUACUCCUUUGGGACAUGUCAACAGAGGAAACUAUUUCCUCACUACCAUCCUCCAACCUGGCUAGGGAACAAGUAUCUCCCUCUUAAGGGAUUACCCCACACAGGUCCUGGGUGUUACUCAGGAACAGACUGGAAUGGCUUGGCAUAUAACCUAUCUCGAAUUCCGACAAGUACGAAAGGCUAUGCUAUUGGAGCCAGGACAGCUGUGAGGUUUAAGCCAGUCAGCAAGGAUGUGACACCAUACCCAGGAAUGUACCAGAAAGAUCAAACUUGGAAUGAAAAAUGCAAACAAAGCUUUGCUCCAUUUAAUAUCUUGGUGCCUCGAUUUAGUUAUGAAGCAAAGGACAUUUCUUAUCCUGGCCCUGGCACAUACAAUCCAGAGAAGAAGCCACCCCCAAAAGUUAUUUGGCCAAUGAAAUUUGGAUCUCCAGACUGGUCUCAGGUUCCACAUCUAGAGAAAAGAACACUAAAAGCUGAGCUGUCUACAGACAAGGACUUUAGAAAGCAUCGGAACCGCGUGGCCUACCUUAGCCUGUUUUACAAAUGAGAAGUAGGGCCUGUCUGUCUCCAUGUGUUCUUCUGACCACAGAAUCUCUGGAAUUGAGGACAGAACUGCUUCUGUCAACUACUUCUGCGUUCCUGGGUCCUCUUGUCUGCCAAUUUAGCGCCCAGGGAGGGACAAGGGUCUCACCCUAUACAAACAUAAAGAC